AUGUCUUCUGAAGCUCCUAUCGCGCUUCUCUCCGUGUACGACAAGACCGGUCUCCUUCCCUUCGCUAAGGGGCUCAAGGAGCUCGGCUUCAGGCUCUUGGGCAGUGGUGGUACUGCCAAGAUGAUCCGAGAGGCUGGUAUGGAAAUUGAGGACGUCUCCAACAUCACCAAGGCCCCCGAGAUGUUGGGCGGUCGAGUCAAGACUCUUCACCCCGCUGUCCACGGUGGUAUCCUCUCCCGAGACAUCCCCUCCGACCUUGCCGACCUUGCGACCAACAAGAUCUCCCCCAUCACCCUCGUUGUCUGCAACCUCUACCCCUUCGUCCUCCAGACCCAAAAGCCCGACUGCACUCUUGCUGGCGCUAUCGAGGAAAUUGACAUUGGAGGUGUCACUCUUCUCCGAGCUGCUGCCAAGAACCACGGCCGAGUCUCUAUCAUCUCUUCCCCCUCCGACUACGAGACCAUCAUUGCUGAGCUCAAGGAGAAGAAGGAGGUCUCUGCCGAGACCAGGAGGGGUCUUGCCCUCAAGGCUUUCGAGGACACCAAGAGCUACGACGAGGCUAUCAGCGACUACUUCAGGAAGACUUACGCUACCCCUGAUGUCGGCGAGGACUCUCAGGCUGGUGCCGGUGUCGGCUACCAGAGGUUGGGUUUGAGGUACGGUGCCAACCCUCACCAGAAGCCCGCCCAGGCUUUCGUUGAGAACGGCGAGUUGCCCAUCAAGGUCCUCUCCGGAUCCCCUGGUUACAUCAACCUUCUCGACGCCCUCAACUCUUGGGCUCUCGUCAAGGAGCUCGCUGCCGGCUCCAACCUCCCCGCCGCUGCUUCCUUCAAGCACGUUUCUCCCGCAGGUGCCGCCGUCGGUAUCCCUCUCGACGAGCGAUCCGCCAAGGUCUUCGGUGUCGAUGACUUGAAGGAGCUGUCUCCCCUUGCUUGCGCCUACGCCCGAGCCCGUGGUGCCGACAGGAUGUCUUCUUUCGGUGACUUCAUCGCUCUCUCCCACCCCGUCGACACCCCCACCGCCAAGAUCAUCUCCCGAGAGGUCUCUGACGGUGUCAUCGCUCCCGGAUUCGAGGCCGAGGCUCUCGAGAUCCUCAAAAAGAAGAAGGGCGGCAAGUACUGUGUCCUCCAGAUGGACUCCAACUACGUCCCUCCCGAGAUCGAGACCCGACAGGUCUACGGUAUCUCCCUUCAACAAAAGCGAAACGACUGCAAGAUCGACGAGUCUCUCUUCCAGAACGUCGUCACCAAGAACAAGGACCUUCCCCAGUCUGCCCUCACCGACCUCGUCGUCGCCACCCUCGCCCUUAAAUACACCCAGUCCAACUCUGUCUGCUACGCCCUUAACGGUACCGUCAUCGGUCUCGGUGCCGGCCAACAGUCCCGUAUCCACUGCACCCGUCUUGCUGGUGACAAGGCCGACAACUGGUGGCUCCGACACCACCCCCGUGUUCUCGCUUUGCCCUUUAAGAAGGGCACCAAGCGAGCCGACAAGGCCAACGCCAUCGACCUUUAUGUCACUGGCGAGGCUUUCGAGGCUGAGGGUGGUGAGAGGGCGCAGUGGGAGAGCUUGUUUGAGACUACCCCCGAGCCUCUGACAAAGGAGGAGAAGGUUGCCCACAUGAAGGAGUUGAAGGGUGUUGCGUGCGCGAGUGAUGCCUUCUUCCCCUUCCCCGACAACGUCCACCGAGCCAAGAGGUCGGGAGCGACCUACCUUGCGGCCCCUGGCGGAAGUAUCAUGGACGCGGAGUGUAUCAAGGCUGCGGAUGAGAGUAACUUGGUGUUCUGCCACACCAACUUGAGAUUGUUCCACCACUAA